AUGGUUAAUAACAAACAAUUGACAAUCAGGUUCCAUGUUGAUGACGUUUUGGCAAGUCACAUGGAACAACAAGUACUUGAAGAUUUUUUCACAUGGGUGAAUGAUAGAUAUGGUGGUUUAAAAGAGAUGACAUGCACUAGAGGUCAAGUUCAUACUUAUUUGGGUAUGACAUUGGAUUUUUCGAAGAAAGGAAAAAUGAAAAUUUGCAUGGAUGAUUAUAUGGAUUGCAUGCUGAGUGAGUUUCCAGUCAAAUUUAAGGACAAUGAGAUUCAGGAGACACCAGCUGGAAAUAAUCUACUGGAGAAAGGUAAAGGAGCACCGCUUGAGAAGGAACGACGUGAAGUGUUCAAUUGGUUUGUUGCCAAAUCGUUAUUUUUGUCAACUAUCAGUCCGACAGUAUCGAUUUUAGCAUCAAGUGUGCAAUCUCCAAAUCUGAGUGAUUGGCAAAAACUAGUUGGAUUGAUGAGAUACAUUCAUUCUACAAAAGGAUGGCAUCUGACACUGAGCGCUGAUGAUUUGCAUGUGAUUAAAUGGUAUGUUGAUGCACCAUUUGCUGUUCAUCCAGACUUCAAAAGUCAUACUGGAGCUGUGAUGACAAUGGGCACUGGAGCAGUGCAAGCAAUUACACAAAAGCAGAAAUUGAAUUGUGACAGCAUUACACAUGCUGAACUAAUUGGAGUCCAUGAUGCGAUGUCCAAUAUUUUGUGGACACGCUUAUUUAUGGAAGAACAAGGUUACCCAAUCGAACACGUCCUCUUCCACCACCGGAUGAAGAACGUCCCAUCGUCAACAAAUCACUCACUCCUUUGUAGAUAA